UAAAAUAUUAUUAAUUAAACAGAGUCAAAAUGUUUUUUUUAAUGUCUCUAUAAUGUAAAGCGUCUUUUUCAUGCCAACGUCCUGAUAUACCAUAAGGUAGAUCCUCCGCACCGGCAGAAUUUUUGUAGCGGUUGUUGUUGUAGAUUGUUGCAGCGGAAAGUUGCAUCCGUCAUUGAAAAUGAAGCGACAUGAUGAAAAUCCAUUAACUGAUCCUGUAUCUCAUAAAUGUUGGUUGUAAAUGAAGUUGAUUUGAAAACAAGUGAUAUUUAUGAUCUGUGGUUUUUCGUUCACAAUGCUAAAUGAUCCGACAACAAAUGCGACGCUGUAUGUUAAGCGCUUCAUCAACCUAACAACGUAGGAGAAAAUCGAUCGCGAUGAAACGGUAGCCAAUGCUUCAAAUGCAACGGAAAUGGCAGUUCGAACACUAUUUGUUUCCUUCGACAAUCAAAGUUGUCUUUUGGGAUACCCGUUACAGUUUUUUUUAAGCAGAAUUUUCCUCCUAUUAAAAUAAAGGAUUUCUUCCCAUUUCAUCAUACAAAUUCGCCACCAAGCUUGUCUUCCAUUCAACAUUUUGUACCGUAAGCGUUACUCGAUAUACGCGGUAGUACACUUUAGUAUAAAAACUUUUGUUCUCUUAUUAUGGCAGGUAUUCUAUUUCUCAUCCGAUUUUUCCAACCAAUGCUAUCAUCUUCGACCUGGUUGCCUUCCUUGUAGGGGAAAUCAUCAAGCGUAUGAUGUAGAAUACACGACUUGUCGGCGUAUCCGCAGACUUCUCGUUACGUCCACGUUCUCACCUGUGCUCUUUGCAACGCAACGCUACAAAGUUGUUGCAAGUUGAGUAGUAAAGACAGUAUACAUCUAGGUUCAACUCAGGAGUCUAAACGCUUCGAAUUUUACGUUUUACUACGUUCAGGCAUUGGUUGAGAUAACUGGCCCCAUCUAGCAAUGAAGCAAUGUGUCCAAUGGCACGAAUCGUCAGGUUCGUUGGACAAGAUACUUUAUUGGUUUGGCUUUCAAUCGAACCUAAUCUAGUUGGUUCGAGGUGUUUUCAAUUCGAAAACGUCGACGUCAAUAACGCCGAUUACGCAGCACUGCCUAAUUACCUCUCCCUUUUUUCCGUUUCUCUUCAUCCCAACAUGGACUGUCUGCGCCUAUGUCUUCGCCAGCCGCAAGAUACUCUUUCCCAUCAGCUGAUCGGGCCGCCAGCGGCGGCCGCGUUGAUCUGCGUUACUUUGCCGCCAGUCGUAUUUGGCUUCAACUCUAUGCUCGUGGUUGUGGCGCUGCGAUCAGUGCGUUGUGGGAGUUGUUUUUUUUUCGCGCCUGGGAGCGGGCUCUCUGCUCUACGUUCAGCAGCCGCCGUGGAAGAAUGCUUGAUACCUUCUAGAACUAGACAGCCGUAACAGCAGCAGCAGCAGCAGCAGCAAAUCAAUGAGUGACAAGCUACAGGCACAGUGUGAGGAUUUAGCCGUGGGCGAAUAAUAUAACGCCGGUCGUAUGUGUUUGUGCGUCACUGUAUCUGACUGCCGCCAUCGGUGUUGACGACCCUCUCUCUUGUCUCUCUAUCCGAUGCGCUGAUGUUAUAGUGUGGCCUCAGUUGUGCGCAAGUGGCUGGAAAACGACCGUGAACAGGGUAGUGGACUGUGACUGUGGCGAAGGACAACGCCACUGCUGUUGAGGGGCGACAAAACAUUUUCAAAGCAGUUUCCGACUCAGUCUUGUCAGCCAACCAGGCCAGCGCGGGUUUGCAGCUGCGUCCAUUGACUCACUGCGUUGGCCCGUGUAUUUGAUCGUACACACAAACAGCGACGGUCUGAUAUCUGUGUGGUGUAUCUGGCCGUAGAAGUGACGAAGAUCUCUACUGCUUUCGGCUGAGUGGUGAGUUUGUAUACGACUGCUGGAAUGAUUACUACUGCUACGACGACCGAUAGAAACAAAUCCCAUUGCAGUAGACUGGACGACGUCUGACGGGAUGUUGCCGUUGUUUCCGUGGUGUCACUGUUGCUGGUGUUAGUAUAUGAUUGCAACGGUAAUGUGUGCGUGUGUACGACAGGAAGUCGACGAACAGAAAAUCGCAUUGGAUAAGAGGGCCGUGAAAUUUCGAAAGAACAACAGCAAUUAUUGUUAGAGACUGCGGCAAGGAAACGAAACGCAUCCUUUUUCUGACUAAUUUAUCUUCUGGCGGAUAUUUAAUCAGUCGAAAAAUUCGCUUCCAUAUAGCAGCGCAAAAUGGCCGCGGUGUAUCUGGUUGCCAUCUUUUGGACGUUGGGAGGUGCCAUUAUCACGUUUAUGUUAGCAGCCUUCAUCUGGGUAGGGCUUCUCGUGGUACUCAGAGACACAACUAAGAAAGAAGAUAAAAAAUCAAUGCUGACGUUGGCACUUGGCAGUGAGGAAAUUUGCAGUCGUGUGGCCACAUGUAUCACUCCAUGUCCCCGUCUUAAUACCCAUGUAUCCACCUGCCCUGUCGAGGAUAUACUCAGGUAUAUCACAAACGGGAAUAGGAUAAUUCUGUUCAUCGUGAGGAAAGAGACAUCAGGCGAAGUUGAAAAGUUGAUACAAUACAUUCAGACUCAGGUGGACCUACUAUAUGCUAGUAAGCCAGUCCAGAAUAGGCAGCUUUAUUACUCUCUGAGAUACGCUGUUUUCGGUAUCGGUGACACUUCGGAGGCUCGCGACGAUUUCAACCGUCUUGCGAUGAAGAUCGAUAUCAACCUGAGACUUCUUGGUGCCACUCGCGUCGUUCCGCUAAGGCUGUAUGACUCGACAACCAGCCCCGUUACGGUCGAAGAAGAGUUCAACGAGUGGUUUUUGGACCUUGCCCCGGAAGCUGAAAUCUCUGGAACUCAUUCGGAAAUUGCGGCUGUAGGCUGUGAUAAAGUAAAACCAAAAGGAAUUCUCUCCAAAAAAGAAGAACAUCACGCGAGCGAUGAUGAAGAAGACGAAGGAUUCGAGUUCGAACCUUCAAUAGACGGCUCUCAAGCGCCUGUAAGAAAAAUGAAGGCACCAAUACCCAUCCUCAGGAACCCAAAUCCAAGACCCCCCACACCUGAAAAGGACGCGAAGGAAAAGAGUAGUCCUAGCCCGGAUAAGCAUGUUCCUGACAGUCCACCUCCAACCGGGAAGGAGGCUUCCGAUAAGGAAAGUCACACCGCUCCGACUAGCCCAGAUGUCAGUACCAGUCCAACGAGCAAUCUAAGCCCUCGAAGCCGCCCUAGCGAUUCUCAAUCCGACAAAGGUUCAAGCUUCGUCAGCCCUAAGGCUAAUAAGGGUGAAAGCCGUAGCCCUCAGAGCAGCCCCAAAAGUAGCCCCAAGAUCAAAAGCAAAGCCAGCCCGAAAAGUACCAACAAAAGCAAGCCCAGGAAUCAAGCUAGCCCUCAAAGUAGUCCUAAGGGUCCUAAAAGUAAGAGUGACACCAGCUCGAGAGCGGGCGGAAAACUCCAUGGAAGUGGGGUGGUGGCCGAUGAACCUUUUAAUUCUGACGAUGACUGGGAAGUUAUGGAAGUUCCGACUGAUAUGUAACUUUAAUAUAUAUUAUACAUAUAUAUAUAUAUAUAUAUAUAUAUAUAUAUAUAUAUAUAUAUAUAUAUAU